ACACAUUUUUAGCAGUUCAGUACCUACAGGCGGCGCUCUUAUAGCUGUUCGUGCAGCGCAAUUUUUUUUCCAAGAAACCAGCAAAGUGGAGUUUUCUUGUUCAUUUCGGUAUGUGCGGGGGCGCGAUUAUCUCGGAUUACAUCGCAACAGCGAGGCCACAGAGGGUCACCGCCGACUAUCUCUGGCCGGAUCUGAGGAAGAAGAAGAAGGGAAGCCGAAAGAUUCGACGGGCGGCGUAUGAAGAUGAUUUCGAGGCUGAUUUUCGGGAAUUUGAGGACGAGACUGACGUUAACGAAGCGGUUGAUGUGGAUGACGAAGAGGAACUGAUCGAGGUGAAGCCGUUCGCGUUCCGCUCAAAUGGGCCGCCGUUAUCCCUAGGUAAGCAUGUUGCCUCUUUUUUUGUGUUUACAAUUAGUUUUAAUCAUUGAUUUCCAUUCGAUAUUGUUCAGCGGGGGAGGGGAAGGUUAUUGGGUUUCUUGCUAAGUAUUAAUAUUGUGUAAAUUGGAUUUUAACCCUAUGAUUAAUUGGAGGAGGAGCUUGAGAAUAGGGUUUGAUGACAUGCAUGUUGAAGUAUACAGUGCGAUUUUGUAGGAUUUUCGUGUUUUUUUUUUCUUUAUUUUGCUUGCUAAUAUAUAUGCAGGAUAGAGUUUUUUUUAUGAAGAAGCAUCCAUGAUUUCAUCCGUCAAUAAUCAUUUGAUUUUUCAGAUUCUUAUUUUUGGAGCUUUACAGGCUCAAUCCUGACAUAUUUGAUCUGAUCCUAGUACUUGAUAUGUCCCGUUCUGUAUUGGAUUUCUUUAUCUUUUUUUCUUAUAUUGCUGGGGUUUGAAGGUUCUUUUUGCAACUGAUGUUCUCUUAGUUAAUCUUUAGUGAUCUCGCUUUUAUUAAGAUUAUAUCGGUAUGAAACUGAUGUUCUCCUAUUUUUUUUUAAAUCUUGCAAAGAGCACGGUGGUGAGUAUAAGCCUUUGCUAAUCGAUU